AUGCCAACCCUGUUACUUCCCUCUUCCGCUGCGGCCUUUGCGCCACGCUCCUCCCCGAAUGUCGUCUUGAAUAGGAAGGUUGCGCCAUGGUUGACGGCGACUCUUAAGAAAGUAAAUCGGGUCAAGCGUCCUCUGAACAACGUCACCCAACAUACCCGGUGCUUGACAGAGACCUUGUCGUCGCCAAAUGCGAUCUGGACCCUAUGCUCCAUGAUGUUUACCAAAGCUCCCGAAGCGGAACUACGGGAGGAUGAGGAUCCACUCAUCGAAGGUCUCUUUAACUAUCAGAUGAUCCAUAUCGAGGCCUACGUCGUACAUGUUGACAUGGUUUCUCGGAAUGAGGUUGCAUUCAAGCUGACCCCGGAGACAAUCGAGGCCUUGGUGGACUAUCAUAAAGAGAUCUACUCAGUGAAUACCGCUGCCAACACCUGGGACUGGUCGGGGAAGCAAAGCCAACUGAAGAAGCUACAGGAGGAGUUUAUACGAGCAGCUAACAAGUUCGUGUACCGUGCCAAUGCUGAGGCUCUGGAAGGAUUGGAGGGAGAUGGCGCCGGAGAGCUACUUUGUGGAUUGAGCGAGGAGGCAAAGCAGGCGAUAUCGAAUUUGUUCGUGCCCCUGCUUCCACCUUCACCACCGGUGGUGGAGGUCAUGCAUCUCAUUCCUCUCCUACCUCGCUCAACUUGCCCUGAAGUUUGGCAGCCUACUCCCAUCCCAGGGGCCGCAUCGAUCGAGUUAUCGAGAACAUUAUUGUGGGGUCACACCAGCACGGGUGAUUAUGAUCAGAAUCUUUGGGCCAGUCCCUAG